UUAAAUUGUUGGUUCAUUUCCACAUCGUUCUAUUGUUCAAACAGUGAUAAAAUAGUUAACCUCUAUCAUUUCCAGAAAUAAUUUCUCUUUCUGCAAUCAGCUGAUCAGACGGAAUUAAUUAACCCCUGAAAAUGGGUAAUGUUACGAGAACCAUUGGUGUACCAUUUCUAGCUCUUUUAGGAGUAGCUAUGGUUUGGCGAUACAAUUAUCUUCGUAGUCCAGAAUGGUGGCAGGAGUAUGACGACCGAAUGAAAGCCCAGAAACAAAAUAAAGCUUAGGAAAAUUAAUUCAACUCUAUUUUCUUCAGAAGUAGUGAAAAAAAUCAUAAAAUUCUUCUUUUAUUGUUAUCUAAAUUAAGUUAUUCUCCCUGAAAAAUAUUCUGCAGUGUUCAUAAAUCAAUAAAAAAUUAGGAUAUGAAUUUCGUAGAAGAAAUUACUUGUGAAGGAAAAAAAAAUGUUUUUAAAUAGUAUUAAAUCAGAGUAACAGAUGACUCUGACACCCCAUAAACCAUCGCGUUCCAUUUCCCUCUGAUUCCUCAAGUUCGUGAAUUUCACAAGACGUGUCAGUCAGUUUCACCUCAUCUAUCCACACGAGCAUCGAUGAUCUGAAUGUCAAUGUUGUUUCGCCUGGUCUUGCCUCCUCUUAUUGAUCUCAAAUAAAGGUCCUGUAAUGUGACGUAUCAGUGGUGAUUAUUUACAGGAAAAUAUUGAAUAUUGAAAAAAGAGAUAAUUUAUAAUGAGUGCAAGGUUAAUAGGAGCCCUCUGGGUUCUUCUCGUCCUAGGGACCUUCACAACAGUCACAGCAAGAAUUCAUAAGCUUGAAAUACGGGGUGACACCAGGCGAUAUAUCGCGUUAACAACUUUUGGAUUUUAUCAAGGAGGAGUUCUCACAGUGAAUUUAACGAAUUUCAAAGUCACGCCAUUCGAUGAAAAUGCAAUUUAUGGGUUCAGCUUGGAUAGGACUAGGAGUGACGCAAUGAAUCCACAUUUAGAUAGUCAUCAAGAGAAAUGUUUGCUGCAGGGAGUCACUAGCCCCAAGGCUGAUUUAGACUCUAAGGAUGAUAGCUCGGUUAUUUUUUUCACGAUGGAUUUCAAAAAUAAAUUAUUAGUCGUCAACUGCAGUCACAACGUACGGUCCUUGCACAUCUCCAGUGAUCCAGAUGAAAUAAGGAAUUUCAGAACUAAAAGGAAAUUAAUAUCUUCGAAGUUCAGUGAUACUGCUUUAUUUCCCCGUAGGAAACGUGACACUGCGCCUCACGAUAUUGAGAUGGACGAGGCUGGAAUGAACAUACAGAAUAAAAUAUGCUCGAAGAUAAACAUUCCUAUGACAACUGAAACAAUCAAGGGUGAGAAAUACUUCAACACGAGUUUUGCCAUGUUUGUGGCAAAUGAGGAGGAAGAGGGUAGAUAUAAUCUAUAUCUCCACAGUUGUCCCAAUUAUAAUUACGAUACGUUUGUAUCGAUGGAUUUUACGAUGCGAAUAGUGGCGAAGAAUAGGAGGAAUUUUUUGAGUGCUGGAGAAAUGCCACUUCCGUCACUUUAUUUCAUGAUGUCACUUUUAUUCUUCGUAUCUGGGGUUUUCUGGGUAUUUAUCUUGAAAAAGAGCAAGCAUCCAGUCUUCAAAAUUCACUAUCUCAUGGCUGUCCUCGUAUUCUUGAAAUCUCUUUCACUACUUUUCCAUGGAAUAAAUUUCCACUUUAUCCAGACUAAAGGAGAACAUGUCGCUGCUUGGGCUAUUCUGUAUUACAUCACGCAUUUGCUGAAAGGAGCUGUUCUAUUUAUUACAAUUGUCCUUGUCGGCACGGGAUGGGACUUUAUUAAACACAUCCUGGCGGAUAAGGAUAAGAAAAUUUUCAUGAUUGUUAUACCACUUCAAGUGCUGGCUAACGUAGCUGAAAUUAUAAUCGAAGAAAGUGAAGAGGGGGAUGUGGAGCACAAAACGUGGCGUGACGUAUUUAUUCUCGUAGAUCUUCUCUGCUGUGGUGCUAUUCUAUUCCCAGUGGCAUGGAGUAUAAAACAUUUACAAGAGUCAGCGAAUACCGAUGGAAAAGCGGCUAUCAAUCUUCAAAAGCUCAAAUUAUUCAGACACUUUUAUAUCAUGAUUGUUUGCUACAUCUAUUUCACUCGUAUCAUCGUGUACUUAUUGAAGAUGACAGUACCAUUCCAAUACGAGUGGCUCGACGAAAUGUUCCGCGAAAUGGCAACUUACAUUUUCUUCGUAUUAACUGGCUAUAAAUUCCGACCAGCCUCAGCAAAUCCAUACUUCACAGUAAACGAUGAUCUAGCAGCAAACGACGACGAUGAUGAAAUGGAUGUUGUUGUCUCAGGGGCAAGUGGCUUUGCCGAGGGCCUUGGAAAGGUAUCUAGAGCAACAAAAAUCGUCAGACCAACAACAACGGAAAUUAGUGUCAAUGAUGAAGAACGUGAUAGUCUCAUAAAUAAACGUGAAGCAUCACACGAGUACGACUGAACCUCAAAUGAAUAAAAAGACUCACUUAGAGAAAUAGAAAAUUUAUUCCAAGUGUUAGGUGUUUUGGCGUGAGACAUCAGAGCCUCGGACUUACAUUCAGUCACUGAGAAAUAAACUCUGGUGUCAGAACUCGUGUACCCCCUCAUUGUUUUCCAUUUGAUUUGGGUGGUAUGUUGUAACGACAAAGUGGCAGGCCGUUUGUCGUAAUGUUUUCCUCAUUAUUACAUGGCUCUAUGAUUUUUUUUCUGCCUCCAGUGUCCAGCACUAAAAAAAUAAAAAAUAUAGUUUAGGCAUUUAGUGUCACAUUUCCAAUAUGUGGUCGUUCACGUGAAAAGGAUCCAUUUCAUCGCGUCAAAUAUUGGACAUAUUCAUUUUCCUCCAUGCUUAUCAUCUAAACGACUGCUAAAUUGAGUUUGAUCGUUCAUAUUGGCGUCAUUUUUCACGUUAUCGAUUAGUUUUGGGCUCAAAAUACGAGGGACCUGACCAAGAUUAUCAGAAUAUACAUAACUCCGACGUCACCAAAGUGAGCCCUUUUCAUGUGGACGGCCACAUAUAUUGUUCUUCAAUUUAUUAUCCUAAUUCUGCCUUUUUAACUGAGAAAUCCCAAUGAAACAUUGGAGGAGAUCCCUGUCCCGAUCUUUAUAUUUUAACAAUCUGUGUAAUUGUGAUAGCGAAAACCGAGUAAAUUGAGAAAAAUUAUCUGUUCAAUGUAACAAUGAGUGGAUUUUGUCCAAUGGUCCAUGACAAUUUCUUACAAUUCUUGUAAAAAACAAAAUCACGUUCAGUUAUUGUUUACCCUGCAAUUGUAUUCCGUAUUGUUAGGAUAAAUUUUGUUCUGUGGUAUCAAAUACCGAGGGAAUUAAGGUGAAUUAUCGAUAUGAAUUUAAUAAUAAAUGUAGUAAUAAUCACGCUACUGUAUAGUGGUAGAAUAUUUUAAAAUUAUGAUUCGUGCACACGCGUUAUUGAGAAAAUAUCUGGCAUAAAGAGGAGCAAGGGUUUUAGCAGGAUAUUCAACUCUUUCGUAUUUGUUUAUCGAAUUAAUUACCUGUGGUAUGUGAUUAUAACGUAUGUGCGAUAUAAGAUGCGGAUAAAUACUGUGGAAAAUUGAGUGAUAAACAAAUAAAUGAUAUUUUUAUGAAA